UCUGUACUUCAUUCAGAUUUCAGACUUGUUAAAGUAAAUUUGUUUAAACUAUUUUAAAAUUUACUCCAUAGUUUAAAUAAAGUGAUAAACUGCUUGUGACAAAUAAUUUACUAUCCAAAAGUGUAAAGUCACAUAAGGUUACACCUAUUUCCAUAUAUGUCUCGCUGCAGUUCACAACUUUCCCGUUACCUGCAUUAAAUCAAUAUUUUCUUUUGCCACGUUUGUGCGGCAUUUAUUUUAUCGUGUUUACGUUUAAACAUGAAUUAAAGUUUCAGUUUCACUUACAACUAUAAGAAUCAACAAUGUCCAGUAUGUCAGACCGCAAAGCGGAGCUGGAGCGUAAAAAGGCUAAGCUUCAAGCUUUACGUGAAGAGAAAGACCGUAGACGCAGAGAAAAAGAACAAAAAGAUGCUGAAGAAGCUUUGCAACGUGCAUCUACGGCUUCAAGCCUGGACAGUCGCCGAGACUUGGAUGAGAUGUUAUCAUCACUGGGAGUAGCACCAGUCAAAGAUGUUCUUUCAUCGCUAUCCUCAAUGACGUCACUCACUCCACCUCAGACAGCAUCGCCAGAUGCCAGCCUCCCACACACGGACAAAUCUAGCCUGCCUCCACAUGGAGGGUUAAAGAAGCCACCACAGUUGCAAGUUGUCUCGGUACAAUCAACAGACAUUCCACCGAAAGAAAACGUCACAUAUGCGAAGCAAACUCAAACAACUGCUUCAGGCGUUACAGAGUUGCGUGAUGGCUGCUCUUCCAAUGCAUCACCGCUUGCAGGAUACAUGGAGGACUGGUGGCGGCCACGGAAAGCGCACGCAACUGACUACUACGACGAGUACAAUCUAAACCCGGGUUUAGAGUGGGAGGACGAGUUCACAGUGCUUACAUUCGACGGGGACGGCGCUCGACAAGGUGACGACGAGGAAGCUGCCUUCCAUGGAAAACUCCCGCCGGGCAUCCUGCCCCACGGACUGCCCACGGUAAAGGAGGUGCAGCCCGCCGUCACCGCUGCGCCGCAGGAGAAGAAGGAGGAGGAAAAGGAGAAGAAGGUCCGCGAGCUGAGCAACGACGAGAAGCAGACGAUAAUGCUGUCGGCGGAGUUCCAGAAGUUCAUCAGCCGCGCGGGGCGCGUGAUCGAGCGCGCGCUGGCCGAGAGCGUGGACAUCUACACGGACUACACGGGCGGCGGCGACGGCGAGAGCGCGCACGACGACCGCUCCGACGCGCGCCUGGCGCUCGUGCGCACCUUCGCCGACGAGCGCUGGUCGCGCGGCCGCUGCGUCACGUGCCUCGACUGGUCGGCCGUGCACCCCGAGCUCAUGCUGGCGUCCUACCACAACAGCGACGACGCGCCGCACGACCCCGACGGCGUGUGCCUCGUGUGGAACACCAAGUUCAAGAAGACCACGCCCGAGGACAUCUUCCACUGCCAGUCGCCCGUCAUGAGCGCCACCUUCGCGAGGUUCCAUCCGAAUCUCAUCCUGGGCGGCACGUACUCGGGGCAAAUCGUACUCUGGGACAACCGCGUGCAGAAGCGAACGCCAAUACAGCGCACGCCGCUGUCCUCACUCGCACACACCCAUCCAGUCUACUGCCUAUCCGUGGUAGGCAGCCAGAACGCCCACAAUCUGAUCUCGGUGUCGACGGACGGGCGCAUGUGCUCGUGGUCGCUGGACAUGCUGUCGCAGCCGCAGGAGACGCUGGAGCUGCAACACCGCCAGAGCAAGGCCGUGGCCGUCACGUGCAUGGACUUCCCGCACGCCGACGUCAACAACUUCGUGCUGGGCAGCGAGGACGGGAACAUCUACACCGGCUGCCGGCACGGGCAGCGCGCCGGCGUGUCGGACAGCGUGGAGGCGCACGCGGGCGCCGUGACGGCCGUGGCGUGCCACGCCGCGCCCGCCGCGCUCGACCUGGCGCACCUGUACCUGUCCGCCUCCGUCGACUGGAGCGUCAAGCUGUGGAGCACCAAGGAGAACAAGGCGCUGUACUCGUUCGAGGACAGCGGCGACUACGUGGCCGACGUGCGCUGGUCGCCCAUCCACCCCGCGCUGUUCGCCGCCGUCGACGCGGGCGGCCGCCUCGACCUGUGGAACCUGAACAGGGACACUGAGGUGCCGAUCGCGUCCGUCACGUCGGAGGGCGGCGCCGCCUUCAACCGCGUCUCCUGGAGCCCGAGCGGCCAGCACGUCACCGCCGGGGAUGACGCCGGCAAGAUAUGGGUCUACGAACUGGCAGAGAGCGUGGCGCAGCCGCGACACGACGAGUGGAGCAAGUUCGUGUACACGCUGCAAGAGCUGCGUAACAACCAGGCCGACGAGGAGACCGACCGCCUCAGCCUCGCCAGCGGGCCGCCGUCGCUCACCAGCCUCACCUCCAUGGCCAGCAACCCACUUAGAUAACUGAUGCAUUGGGAUAUUCGCUGCGGAUGGAAAUUGUAGGUUUAUGGAAAGGCUGGGCUUACGUCGUGACUGAAGGAAACUGUGGUGCAUAGAGUAUGAUUAGUUUUUAAAUGUUUCAUACCUAAUGUAUGGAUAAUGAGUUGGUUCACUAAGUUUCCUGGUGUCGAGUUUAUGAAGAGUAAGUUGAUUCCUGUAAAUUCUGGACACGGUUAUUCCGCUGCGGAUUUGUCGUCGAUAUCAUAUCGAAAAAAAUUAGCAAGAAAGUAUGAAAUAUAAAAAACAUAAGCACAAUAUUCAUUGCACUCAUAACUGAUAUUAAGAAAGCAGAUAUAUGUACUCCAAUAAAAUAUAAUUCGUGUCAUUCGUUUCCUAAUAAUUAUAUAAAUGUUUAAAUAACAUAGUGGUAGCAAAUGUUGAAAAUUAUAAUGGCUACCGUACUAUAUACCUAUACCUGAGUUAUUGCCUUAUUCGCAGUAAAAACUUUGUUGUUAAUGUUAGAUACAACUGCAGACUUGAUAAUAUUUAAAAAUAUUUUGGAGUUCUUGUAUAUGUAAAUAAUAUCAUCAAUCGUAGGCAUUAUAAACUAUUUCGAAAAGCAAUUUAGAAGUAUUCAUAACACAACAUAGAUAAUUCCAUUGCAAAGAAUCAGAACGAAAAUGGGUCACGUGUGAACUUCAAAUAUUCACAAACGGACCAUACAAUACACUGGGCAGCAACAAUAUUGCUUUAUCUGAAUGUUACAACGCAGCUUUAUAUCAACAAUUAUGAAAACAAUUGAUAUUAUUACAAAAAAUGUUAGAAUAGUAUAAAGAUGUAAUUAUUGUUACUUUUGCAUGAAUAACUCAUUAUUGUUAGUAUUAAACAAAUUAUAUUUAUUAAAGACUAUUCUUUAACAAGUUAAGCUUGUAUUCCUAGGUACCUAUGCAUUGUAAUAAAAAUAUGAAUAAAUAACAUUUGCUUUAAA